ACACGUUGGAACAGAUUAAGCAGGCUUUGGCCCAUCACGACUAUCCCUACCAGGCAGCCAUAACCAUAAGGACUCCACGUUCGACAUUGUGUCUUUGGAUAAAGGAAUACACAGUGGUAUUAAGUUGUGAGACGACAUACAGGCUAAAACCCCUAAAGGUUGAAGGACAACAUGCACGUAGAGACAAGAUGGCUUUUCCUGAGCAGCUUGAUAACACUGUACUGUGGAGCUCUAGUCACAGGAGAAAGCAACGCAAAAGACACAGACGUCGAAAAUGCCUUUCUUAACUCGCUGAAGUCAUCAACCUUGGACACAAAUCCAGUCGAAAUCACGGAUGACAUCUCCAAACUACAGCAAAACUUGAAGAGCAAGAGGGGCUUUGAGUUUCUUGGAAAGCGAGGCUAUGAAUUCCUAGGAAAACGAGAUGCGAAUAAGAGAGGUUAUGACUUCGUUGGGAAGCGACGUGCCUAUGACUUUAUCGGGAAAAGGCGCAAUUAUGAUUUCAUUGGAAAGAAAGAUAGCCAAGAGCCUGAUAGUUCGUACGAAGAAAAGCGUGGGUUUGAAUUUAUGGGUGGCAAAAGAGGAAUGGAAUUUUUGGGGAAAAGGGAGGACAAGAGAGGAUUUGAGUUUCUAGGCAAGCGGUUUGCAUCCAAAGAUGGUGAAGACAAGCGAGGUUAUGAAUUUCUAGGGAAAAGGAGAGGUUACGAUUUUAUAGGCAAACGGAACAUACCAGGGAACUUCGAAGCGGGUAAAAGAGGUUUAGAGUUCUUGGGUUGAAACUAGUCUAUUAUUUUAUGCCAGGCUACAAAGAAUUUGCUCUUUGGUAAUUCCAAGGCGCCUUCUAAUAUUUUUAUUCAUAUUAGUGGAAAUUACAAUUAUAAGUAUGGCAUUCAGAAAGUAAACCGCAUGUCUAAAGUUCAAAUUUCAUCUUGUCACGCCUUCGCAUGCAUGUGAGAAACUUGAUGAAUUCGAGUGAAAGACAGAUAAUCAAACCUUCCGUUCCAUGUUUAACUAUAAGCACUAUUGAUUCUCUUCUUCUCCGAAGAAAGUUUUACCUUUAAUUUAUGAUAACCCAGACAUAGCCUUGGCGAUGACACCAAAGCAUUUGACAUUGUUCAUGUUUUCCUUCCAUUACUCCCAACAAAUGUCUCAAUACAGUUGUGAUGGAGCUAUGU